CAAGGUGUCAGUCUUUGCACAAAGAACAACCCCCUAUUGUGUCUCCAGCGUGUAUCACCUCAUCCGGCUCCCUUCCACUGCCCCACCUCUCGCUUCCUCGGUAACUCGGCUUAUUUGCCCUAAAAAAUGAAAGCUCCCAGCUUCAAGGCGCUGGCUGUGAGCACAUCAUUCCUAAAUCUCCAGAGCUCAAAGGACACCUGCCUAGGUGGACUGAAAGCGGACCCCCCAGAGUGGAGUGCACACCACAUUCUCCUCCACUGUCCCUUGAAGAGCGAGCAUCUCUCCUGGUAGGGCUGCAAGUCGGAGCACCGCGUCGAACUCAAGCUCAGUCCUUGGUGACUACCUCGCCCCGCCCCUUUCUGGCCGCUGCGAAAACCCGGCAGGAUGGAUCGCCUGCGGCCAGGUUCCGCGCACCCUAGACCCGGCGGUGCGCGCUCGAGGCCCGGGUUACUGUGGCCCCAGCGAAAAGUACAGAACGGUAGGAAGCUGCAGCCCUGAGAGUGGGCGGGGCGAGGAGCCCUAGGAGGGUAAAGGGAGUGGAAGGAUACCCGGGCCAUGGUCGGAACUACUUUCUGGAGGAGGUCACGUGUGUUCCUAGUUGGGGAACUUUCCAAAUUCCCACUCCCCUAUGAUAGCUCCGGGGGCAAGUGCUUCGCUUGCUCUGCUCGUGCUGCUCCCGCUUGCGGAUUGCAGUCGGACCCCCGUCCCUGAUGGACCGCGGUAGAAAGAGGGGCUCGGACUAGCCUCCUGCUGGAGCGCUGUCGGGGCUAGUGCCCGGGGAGCCGGUUACACAAGCACCCACCUCCAAGCACGUGCCCCCGCCUCCCCACUGCGUGGCUGCCGCCGAUUUUUGCAGACUACGGAGAGAGAACCCCCAAGCUGGUCUCACCCCUUAACUACUAUCCACAUUGCAAGCCAAAGGGCCGGGACCUGAGACUCCUCGCUCGAUCACCCAGCACUGCGCGAUACCAGCCGUGGGAGAAGGGGCUGGGCGCUUGGGGUCUGACGCAUCUCCCUAGCCCGCGCUCUGCCCCUUCAGGUUCUGUGCUCGUGGGGCAAAAGGGUAUCUCCUGCCCCGGCCUGCUGCAUGGGUUCGCCGAUGUUGCAACAAACUUCCAGUCACUACCCCUGAGCUGAUGAGCGCGCCCCACCUACUGUAGACUCAGCCAACUGCCUAAGCUAGUCAGAGAACCUAGUCAAUGGCCGACCGCCCAGAACAAACCUGUCAAGUGUGCUUACAGCCCCGAUUGGUUGACCCGGCCGCGUGAGAGCUGGUUUAGAAAUGCGCGUUUCUCCCGGCAUCAAUCAUAUAGUCCACCUUCUGCUUAGAAAAUGCGCAUCGACCAACCAUGACCUAGAAAUUUCUUCCUUUUUUUUUCUUUCCCUGGGGAAGUAAAACUUAGGGUGACAAUUUGAAUACAAAAGUAUCUGACUUCAGAUUUAGGCAGAGGCACUGAGUCCGCUUUUUACCCCAAAUCUGAGAGAAUGGGAAUCAUUUUGCAUGUGUGUCGCGAUCAUUCUAAGUGCCUGCGAAGGUCUAAAAAGGAUUUAUGCGGUGUGUGAAAGAAGAUUGUAUAUGAGCACAUCGUAGUUGCAGGAGCCCCUGAAGACCAGAAACCCCAAGAGACCUAGCUCAGAAAGCCACAGGCCAUUACCUAACUCCAAGACUACUAAUUAAACCAGGCAUAUUUACAGGGUUCUUAGAGAUCUCUGAGGCUCCGUAAAACUUUGCAUUUAUAUCCAACAUCCUUUUAAGGUAGCUCUGCAGGAGUUAGCAACCUACUGAAGCUUCAGUGUUGAUAUUCACGAAAGGCUGGCUUUCUGCGUGGUUCUCGUCAGCUGGUGGGAAGCAGCAACCAAAAGGAGAAAAGGCAAUGGACAGCAACCUGGACAGAAUAGAAGAAAGACCUCCAUCUGGUUGCCAAAGAUACAGAUGUUGUCCACACAACCUCGUGUAUCCUAGAGAGGAGAGUCCCUAGUGUCUGGAUAUUCUGGCAGGUUACAUGAUGAAAAGCCACGCUGUGCUGUUUGGUAUCAACUACUGCCUAGUGGGCGAAGGGGAGAUACAGAUAAAGUUAAAUGAAGGAGAGUUGAUUGGGGAGGAGUAAAAUGCCCCAUGUGUCUCUUGUGGGUUGCUCUUCUUGUCCCUAGAGUCCCAGCUGUUAGCACUACCUAACUCUACACUUCCCCUGGAGUCUCCCUAUGUGAUGAUUAGUCUCAUAGCAAGGGAAAGCUCUGAAAUCUGCUUCCUUGGGAAAAAACUGAAACAGGGUUCAUUUCUGUCUUCUCAUGCACGCAGCAUGAGGAGAAAGGAUCCUUUUUGAUUCCCCUGGCACAGAGUUGCUCUAGAGGGGAGAGAAUGUGCACCACCAAUACCAAAGUGCUGGAGUGGAGACCAGCCUGCACACACUUCCAUCUGGCUGAAGGAAGAAAACGGAAAUGGGUUUUGCUGCUUGUCUAAACAUCAGCUCCCUCUACUUCUCUCUAGUGGUGAAUGAAAGGAUCACCGACGUUCGCAGAUCCUCGGCCAGCCUGACGGCAACAUCAGGUGGUUAUUAGAAGCUGCUGAAUAAAAACGUCUUCUCCUUCAAGUGUUAAGUAUAUACUGAAAGAGACACUCCUUUUUAGAAAAAGGUUCAUUUGUUUCUCCCAUGAGCAAAACAGAGAAAAAGCACCCCUAGCCCUAAAGCCAGUCACAGAUCAGAGGCAAGCUCCCCUCCACGUACUCAGGGCAGUCUUUGGACUUGAACUAGGAACCUUCCCAUGUGGGAUUGCCUCACAGGACAUCUCAUUUUACUG